CUGCAAUUUAGAUGUAGACAGCAGGGCGGACACAAAUGAAACGGCGCUUUGUUUCCAUAGAACAGGGUUAUUGACUUCGCUGCUAUAACGCCAUUCGACUACAUGAUCUGACAUAGUGAGUUUGAGCAACAGAGAUUUGCGUAAUUUGCGAAAUGUCGCCAGAGACUGGCUGGCCGUGCAGAAGCAUUGACGUCCACCAAGAUGAUGCUUCAUAGCUAGGGACAGAGAUUUAAGGGAUUAAAAACUCGUCGAGAGAAAGCGUUGGGUACCAGGGAGAUGCUAAAUAAUCCUAGGAUGACAGACGAGGCAAAGUACCCAGGAUUCUGUCUAAAUGGCCGACAUCAGGAUUCACGAGAGGCUCUGAAUGAAUAGGACAAUCGUGCAGUUAUCUCAAAACAAUAGCUUAUGGCAAAACGACAUUUAGAGAAGAUAACCUGGUAGACCUAUGCAUAUGCAACGGUAUCGGUUAGGCUACAGGAUGGAUAUAGGAAGGCACGUUAUACACUGGUAGUGUGUUUUCUGUUUUACGAUAGUGGUGGAACGUAUACAUGCGUUGGAUUGACGGCCUGUCGCCUCUCGCCUGAACAUAUUUGUGUGUUUGGCUGUAUGAGAAGACGCAAUGAUGUUUAUGAAAUGCCAUAGAAGCAAACUGUCGGUGUGGGCCGCUCUGUGUGUUUUGGUAUUGUGCUGGCUUUACAUUUUCCCCGUCUAUAGACUUCCAAGCGAUAAAGACAUAGUGGAAGAGGUCCUAGGACAGGGGAAAGUGUGGACUAAAAAUCAGACGGGGAUUGAUAUGUACAGGAAACUGAUCACAGAAUGCUGUGAGCCGAGGGAGAUGUUUGCACUUACAAAGGAGAAUUCCCCAAUUGGCAAGGUCCUGUGGUAUGAUGGUGAACUGUACCACUCUCGCACAGUCAACAAUGACACCUACCCACUCUUUGUAAAGGAGACACCACUGAAGCUGCCCCUUAAAAGGUGUGCUGUGGUAGGCAAUGGAGGGGUCCUGAAGAACAGUGGCUGUGGCAGGGACAUCGACCAGGCAGACUUUGUCUUUCGAUGCAAUCUGCCUCCGCUUACCAAAGAGUAUACAGCAGAUGUUGGGACGAAAACUCAUCUGGUGACGGCAAAUCCCAGCAUCAUUGAGAAGAGGUAUCAGAACCUCCUGUGGUCACGCAGGACAUUUGUGGAAAGCAUGAAGGCGUACGGAUCCAGCUACGUCUACAUGUCUGCUUUCUCCAUGAAGCCAGGGACUGAACCAUCUCUGAGAGCCUAUUAUACUCUGAGCGACGCCUUUUCAAACCAAACUGUGCUUUUUGCCAACCCAGACUUCCUGAAGAGCGUGGGGAAGUUCUGGAAGAGGCGUGGUGUGCAUGCCAAGCGUCUUUCCACGGGGCUGUUUCUGGUGAGCUUGGCACUAGGUUUGUGUGAUGAAGUGAUGGUCUACGGCUUCUGGCCAUUCGCUGAGGACCUAAACCAGCAGCCUGUUAGCCACCAUUACUAUGACAAUAUCCUUCCCUACUCUGGCUUCCACGCAAUGCCUGAAGAGUUCCUGCAACUCUGGAACCUGCACAAGACUGGCACCUUGCGUUUGCACAUAGGUCAGUGCGCUGAAAUAGACUGAGAAACCGCUAUCAGAAUAAGCCUUCUCAUUAGCUCUCCUUUUCAAUCGAUUCAUCUGCAACCUCAAACAAAUAUUACUCCUUUCAUGGCGCUCAAACCCCACACUCAAACAGACAUUCAAA